GAGUGGAGAGAUUUACGUGGCAGCUAUUGACGCUUUCCAAUGGCCCUUGGCUUUGACAGCGACACAAGACCACCCGCGAGGUGUGUUGUUGGCAGGGUGCCAAGCCAAACUGCUUUUGCGUUAGCCUAUAGCGAGCCUAUAACGAGGGCAUUACAAAGUCAUGUCGUCGCGGGAAAUCCCAGAAUAGAGUUCUCAUUUCGGUGCGGAGCCCCCUCACAAAUAGACCACAGAAACCGUAUAGUCAGUGACGCGCUCAGUCGCGUUUUCACACUAACUUUGUGUCUGUCAGUGUGUCCGCCUCACAUGCAUUCCGUUUCACAUGUUGACGACGACAGCUCACUGUGAUCUGUCAUUUAUACUGGGAUUGAUAUGAAAGGAUUGAAUCAAACCAGAAAGAGAGAGGAGAACAUAGACACCAAAGGUCUUCAGAUGGGAUAUGACAGCCAACAGAAACUCUGAAAGUUCUCUGGAUAUAGUUGAAAUGAUUGAAAGCGAAAGCGCGCUCCCCGUCUAAACCCAUCACUUCGUUAUUUAGUCACUCUGUUUUUACUAGCGUCUAUUUUCUUCAAAUUCAAGAACAACAAUAUACAUUCCCCACAACAAGAACACUUUUGAAGAGAAAGCAACAUAUUCUCAGAAAUGCCCCUCCACAAUAUGGACCCCCCGAGGAGCCGAUGGGAGCAGGGCUUGCGGCCGCCGUGGGUCGCCCGAUUGGCUGGAGGGCAAAGCCCCGCCUCUUCAGGGGUGGAGUCAGACACAGAGAGCAGCAGCACAGAGAGCGAGAGGUCUCCAGCCAAACGUUCAGAGGCGCGGUCACCGAGGAUCCUACCGUUGCCCUCCAUGCUGCAACAGCGAAUCACAGAGAUCGACCAGCAGAGGGAGGAGCUAAAGAUAGAGCUGCAGCUGGAGAUAGCCCUGUUGGAGGGCGAGCUGCAGGAGGAGAGGAACGAGCUGCGCAGGCACACUCUGUAUCUACAGACACUGCAGGAGGAAGGCGGGCAGGAGGAGACACACAGACAGACGGACAGACAGAAGGAGCGAGCCAGUCUGGAGGUGGAGAGGGCCCGGGUUGAGGAGCUGAGGAGUAGGUUGGAGGAGAAGGAGACACUGAUCCCCAGUCAGCCAGAGGGCCAGAGAGAGCAGCUACUGAUCCAACUACAACAGGAGAAAGAGACGGUGGAAGCAGCCGGCCGCGUGUUUGAGGACUGGGAAUUCCGUGUCCUGGAGAGCGAGGCCGGAGUAGAGGAGGAGGAGAGAGAAGGAAAGAUAGAAGGGAAGGAGAGAGGGAACGAGGAAGAUAAGGAGAAGGAGAUCUCAUGCCAAAAGCAUGCUGUCAACUCAGCGCAGGAGCGAGUCCAGCAGCUUGAGAAGCAGUUGAAGGAGAUGGAGCGAGAGAAGGAUAGAGAGAUGAAUGCCUUCAAGAAGGAGAGGAAAGAAUUGCUCCACACCACUCAAAGGGUCUUGAAAGAGAAGAAGCCACUCGCUGAUUGGUCCAACAUCCCCAGCUCGGUCCCUUGCAUGAUGUCACUCUCGCCGCUGACCAUUCACAAAUCACCUCAGGAACAAGCCAAAGAAUCCGCCAGUUUACCCCGGAGACGGAGCUCGCACCGCAACAAUAAGCUCGCCGAUAGGCCGGUCUCGGCGCAAGGGCUGGUGAGAAUGGUACCUGACAGUCCGAGCCCAGAGCGCUUCACUUCCCCUCUCCCCUCCCACCGGCACAGCAACGGGCACAGCAACGGGCACAGCAACGGGCACAGCAACGGGCUCAGACCUGAGCCCAGCAAUGGCAGUGAUCUCCUCACCCCCUGUAGCAGUGCUAGUAGCUCCCGUGCUGCCAGCCCAAGUCUGGGACUGUUAAACCUGGUGGAGAUUGAGAGGAGACUGAGGGAGGCCAAGGCAGAGAGAGAGAGGCUUCUCAAAGAGAGGGAGGAAAGGAGGCAGGUGGUGGUGGAGGAGAGGAGGCAGAGAGAGCUGGAGGGCCGAGGAGCAGCAGAACCAUUAAAGUCCCAGAGCAGGCUAGUCCCUGACCCAGAGGAGAAGCCAAAAACCAUCAGUCCUGUCCCCAGCUCCCCUGAGCGCUCCCUACCUCUCUUCCUCUCUGCAAACUUUGACCUGCGGGCCCACGUGGAGACGCUGGGUCACGGGGUGGCGGGGUGCAUGGGCCUGCGUAUGUCCCCGCGCCGCUGUGCCGGCUUCUUGACCAAGCGUGGCGGGCGGGUCAAGACCUGGAGGAGGAGGUGGUUCCUCUUCGAUAUGGAUCACAGGCGGCUAGCCUACUACACAGACUGUGAUGAGAGGAAGCUAAAGGGGGUGAUCUACUUCCAGGCUAUAGAGGAAGUCUACUAUGACCACCUGCGCACAGCCACUUCAUCUCCGCGGCCCAGCCUUACGUUCUGUGUGAAGACGUACGAGCGCCUCUUCUUCCUGGUGGCGCCCAGCGCCGAGGCCAUGAGGAUCUGGAUGGACGUCAUUGUCACAGCAACAGACGAGCACAGCCGCUACUGACCUUGACUUUACACCUGUCCCCUUUCCUGUGUUUGUCUGACCUACACCUUGGACUGAACCUCCAUUCAGCUGGCUGACUUGGCUAACCUGGCUACAGUUUCAGCAGUUGACAUUAUGUUGGGCAAACUGCAAUUUUCAACCUCCACCCUCUGGACCCAGCUAGGCUGCCAUUUUGCUGCCUGAACUUUACGUCAUAUGAGUGGUGGAGGUGAGGAGUGAUGAGCUGAACAUAAUGUUCAGGAAAGCUCUUCCUGAAGGAACCGACAUUUGAUUCUGGAUAGUGUCUUAGGAGCUUUGAUGACAUGGGACUGAGUGGCAGACUGUUACAGGUUCUGUGUGGAACAAGAGACGUUUAGAGGAUGGAGGAGGGACAAGGCCAUGGGAAUAUAAAGACGUGGACGUGCAAGCUCGAGUAACCAUUGGCGAUCUUAGAGUCAGUGCCAACCAUGAUAUACUGACAGACAAACCUUUGAUGUCUUUUUAUUAGUCUCAAAUCAGGAUUUAAUGGUUGCUGUCUCUCUAGCAGCUGUGUUUGAGCUCCCUCUUGUGGCCAGACUGAAGAAUUGAAGUACUACAGCUUCCAUUGAAAUAUACAGGUAGCUGCCAAAAUAACGGAAACACCAGCAUAGUGUGUCUUAAUAGGUCGUUGGGCCACCACAAGCAAGAACAGCUUCAAUGCACCUUGGCAUGGAUUCUACAAUGGUCUGGAAUUUUAUUGGUGGGAUGCGACACCAUUCUCCCAUAAGAAAUUUGAUAAUUUUGUGUUUUGUUGAUCGUGGAAAACACUGUCUCAGGCGCCGCUCCAGAAUCUCUCAUAAGUGUUCAAUUGGCUUGAGAUCUGGUGACUGGGUUGGCCAUGGCAUAUGGCUUUACGUCGUAUUAAUGCUCAUCAAACCAUUCAGUGACCACUCGUGCCCUGUGGAUGGGGGCAUUGUCAUCCUAUGGUGGCAUAGCCAUGGUAGACAAAAUAAUAGCCAAAAUUAUGGCCUGCUCAGCAUUUUUAUACAUGACCCUAAGCAUGAUGGGAUAUCAAUUGUUUCAUUAACUCAGGAAGCACCUGCUUUCAAUAUACUUUGUAUCCCUCAUUAACUCAAGUGUUUCCAUUCUUUUGGCAGUAACCUGUACAUGUAUGUCUGUAUUGAACAUUUGUAUAUUUUUCAUCUGUCAAAAGGGCUGUUCAGAGUCAAUCAAAACACUGACCGAUCGUUCAGUUCUCAAAAUGGAUUGUUUUUUUUUGUUUUUUUUUACAAUAUCAACACAGAAAUACUAUAUGCUUAUAAAUAUGUAUUAUUAUUAUGAUCAUUAAAGGUUAUUCAUACA